AUGGAUCCAAGCCAGCACAACCCCCCCGCCGGCCAGCCGAUCGUCCAUGUUCGUGGCGAUUCGGAGACGGACCUGGAAGCGCUGUUCAACGCCGUCAUGAACCCGAAAAGUGCCAACGUGCCCCCGUCAGUCCCCAUGAGGCUGAGGAAACUUCCCGACUCCUUCUUCAAACAGCCCGAGCCAAAGUCGCACUCUAGACAAGCCAGCACGGACGCAGGCACAGCUGGGACGUUGGCACCGCAGCACGUCCGAGCGCACUCCUCGCCCGCCUCGCUGCUGAACGCCGUGUCUCCCGGCUCCCUGGCAGGGGUGAUCCCGCCCGGGGCGCCCCCGCAGCACCUCCGCCAGGCCUCCUACGAGAUCCCCGACGACGUGCCUCUGCCCCCGGGCUGGGAGAUGGCCAAGACCCCCUCUGGGCAGAGAUACUUCCUCAACCACAUGGAUCAGACCACCACCUGGCAGGACCCCAGGAAGGCUAUGCUGUCCCAGAUGAACGCCGCAGCCCCUGCCAGCCCCAUGCCUGUACAGCAGAACAUCAUGAAUUCCACCUCCGGCCCACUCCCCGAAGGCUGGGAACAAGCCAUUACCUCCGAUGGAGAGAUUUACUACAUCAACCAUAAGAACAAGACCACCUCUUGGCUGGACCCAAGGCUUGACCCACGCUAUGCCCUGAAUCAGCAACGGAUCACCCAAAGCGCCCCUGUGAAACAGGCCUCUCCGCUGCCUUCCCAGAGCCCCCAGGGUGGUGUUCUGGGUGGUAAUAACCAGAUGAGACUCCAGCAGCUGCAAAUGGAGAAAGAAAGGCUGAGACUGAAGCACCAAGAGUUGCUUCGGCAGGUGAGGCCACAGGAACUGGCACUGCGGAAUCAGCUUCCCACAAGCAUGGAGCAAGAUGGAGGCACCCAGAAUGCGGUUUCCUCCCCUGGCAUGGCCCAGGAUGUGAGAACGAUGACCACCAACAGCUCAGAUCCAUUCCUCAACAGUGGCACCUACCACUCAAGAGACGAGAGCACAGACAGUGGAUUGAGCAUGAGCAGCUACAGCGUGCCCCGCACUCCAGACGAUUUCCUCAACAGUGUAGAUGAAAUGGACACAGGUGACUCCCUGGGUCCUAGCUCCAUGGCAACACAGCCCAGCCGCUUCCCUGACUAUCUGGACACAAUUCCCGGCACCAAUGUGGACCUGGGCACACUGGAGGGUGACAGCAUGGCCGUGGAGGGCGAGGAGCUCAUGCCCAGCCUGCAGGAGGCCCUCAGCUCUGACAUACUCAAUGACAUGGAGUCUGUGCUGGCAGCUACCAAGAUUGACAAGGAGAGUUUUCUCACGUGGUUAUAGAGCGAGGACCGGGAUUUGUCCCCGUCCUCAUGUACUGGACUGUGUGGGUGUCCUUGCAAGACUGCUGCCACGUAAAAUCUGUGAAGGAUGUGAAGAUGCUUUUCUUCUUUUUUUUUUUUAAAGACUUUUCAGGACUUUACUGAAAGGACAAACAAAGCAAUAUGUGGCAGCAGUAUUCUUUUUUUUUAAUAUAACUUUCCUCACUGUUUUUUUUUCUCGUCCUCAAGGCUGGCCCAUGAAUUGACGUUUUUUUUUAAGGGUCCCCAGAAGCCUUUAUUUUUGUCACUUUCAGUUUCUUCUCUGGUUCAAGUAUUGCUCCCCACCCUAAAUUUCUUUCAGAGCAGUGCUGGGCCUGUGUCAGACUGAACAUUUGUCUGUUGUCCUUAGAUACGCUGCAUCCGUCGUUAAUCUCCCAUAACCUCUAUAGCCCUCACUUCUUGCACCACAGUGCAAAGUUGUGCAGUGAUUGUCUUGGGACUGCUGUGUCUUCAGAUGUCUUUUUUUCAGUUCUGGUAUUUUAUCUGUGAGCUUGAGAAACCAAAAAUGAUGUAUCUGAAAAGCUACAAAGGAACUCUCAUCAGUACUGAUUUGGAGUCAAUACAGAGGGCCUAGCUUUAUUUACAAAGCUCACUGCCUUGGGGUGGGGAGGUUCUGUUGGGGGGCUUAGUAUUUUUGGAUGCUGCUGCUUGGCUGUGCCAGCAAUUUUAAGUGUAUCCUUGUCAAUCAAGUGCCUUCAAUUGUAUUUUGUGAGAAAAGAAAAACACUAUAUUACUAUUUUGCAACUUAAAUCAAUAUAUAGAGUAAAACGUAUUGAGAAGAUCAGCCACAAACUUUCUUCUGCAUUGAAAUCAAUAAUCAAAAUAUAUUUCUGUUUAAAGGUAAUGGUUUUAUGAAAAAUCUAUAUUAUAAUGGGGAUUAGGUUUUUUUUGUAAUGAACCCUAGUGUCUUUAUUUUACAUAGUCUUAUUUAAGUCUGAUCUGUCCUUCAGUUUUUUUAUUUUAUUUUUCUUUGAUAGGCUGUUAGAUUAACAUAUAUAAUAGCUAAGAUAGCCUUGUUUUAGUCUUUUAUUGUUUUUUAAAAGCAUUGAAAGAUAAAUAAAAUUUUAAGUCUUGGGCUACUUUUCAGCACAUCACUCAGCUGUGGAGUAACUACCAGAGAUUGAAGUUGAUGUUUCACUCCACUUUUCUUAAAUGGAUAUUGUGCACCAACUGGCCAGGUUUAUGAUUUGUUCCUGACAUACUUUGUCAAGUGAUGUAAUUGUCAGGUUUCAUUGUGUGACCCACAGCAUUGUUUUUCUUAUUUAUUUUUUUAUACAUGCAUACAUUUUUCAGGCUUUUAGCUUGUAUUGUGAAAAUUUACACUUUUAAAUGGCUAGAGCAUUAGAAAAACAUGCCACUGACACUCAUUGGUGGUUAAAAAAAUGAAAAUUGCAGGCACUAUUUCAUGCCUUCAAUCUAUAAACGAGGGAUGGUGAGAGACACUUCACACUACUAAAAUGUACUAUAGAUGUAUACUAUAGAUGGAUUGACUGUUAUUGUGUGGUUUGUGAUACUUGGCAAAGUAUACAUUCUGACCAGUUCUUGGAAACACUUGUCCAGUGUUGUGCUGAAACUUAAGCCACUCGCAGAAGAUGGUAAUGAAAUGUGUAGGAUGGUUAAGUGUCCAGGUAGAAAAGGUUAUCAGUGUAGAGUAGCAGUUACUUGGAGUUUGACGGUGAUAAUGACUUUAUUAAAAUGUUGUUUUAGCCAGUAGGUAUAAAAAGAGCAACAGUAUAUUCAGGAAUUUUUGUCACGGCUUCCAAAGAGUAUUUUCUUUUCUUUAUGAGCAACAGCAACAAAAAUAAUUGUGUAAUCAACCUCUUUUUUGUAUAAGCUAAAUGAUGUAGGGUUUUUUGUCCAGUGUAGGUGCUUUUGUAGGAAUAGUGGUGGAUAGGAGGUGUUAAGUAUUUAACCCUGUGAGCUCAGAAUGUGGGGUUUGGAGGCAGUAAGUAGGUGAUUCAGAUGAAAUAUUUUCGUGUGUCUGUCGUUUACAUGGUUUUUGAUCAAGAAAACACUACAGUGACUGUAAAAUGACACUAAUUGGAAAAAGAAACACAGCUUCCUGUUAAUGCUACAUAUUACUAGUCUGAUGUUUACAUAAUCAUAAAACACUAAUAAGGUCAUAGAACCUAUAUCAAAACAUACUGAGGGCAAAGUCUGUCCCUUUCUAUAUAGACCUCUUCCUGUGCAAUUUGCUUUCUUUUUCUGUUAAAGAAACAAAACAAAAGAAACCUUGUCCAAUUUUUUUCACCUAUCCACCAUACCAAAAUGGUAGCUAAGGACUCUGAUCAUAGUCAAUGACUUUUCUUACAAGAUUUGAGAAAGUAUCCAGUGUUACAAUGGAAGUCUGAGUGACAGUUUUGUGUUUGUAUUAGCAUUAAGAUUUUGAUUUUUUUUAAAAGGGGGUUUUAAAGAUAGUAUUGGUGGCGGUAAAGGAAAAAAACCUGUCAGUGUUGGAGUUGAACAAUGCAACUAAAAACGAUUUCUGAACAAUUGGUUGUACAGUGCUGCCUUUGCACAUAUCUACAGAACUUUUACUAAAUGGUAUUUUUGGUCACUUAAGCAUGAUUUUAUGCGUAGUAGUGUGUAAUUGCCAGCAUAUGUAAUAACUGUUGAUCUGUCGUGUAUGUAGAGGGUCGUACUAAUCACACAUUUUAAAAAUUUGGUAUUUAGGAAUGCCUAAAUGCACAUGAAUUGAAAUUAUACUCAAUAACGAAAAUCUGUUGAUUUUUUUAAAUAGAUGUACGUGCAUGUAUGUUAGAAGUAUAAAUUGUUACGUUAUCUCUUUAUAUAAUACUUUUUAAAUUGGCCUCUUUAUGUGGAAUAAAAUAUAUACUUUGUGGUAAUGAUUCUUGCUAUUUACAUGUAUUCCUUUUCAUGGUUAUUUUACUAGAACAAAAUACAAUGAGAGAGCAGAGUUUAAAAGGUCAUUUCUUUGAGCUAAUGCUAAUUCACUCUGCUUUUGUUAAUCAGAGGCUUCUGUGAUUCUUCUGCUACUGUGAUUUUGUUCUCUUGAGUACUAAAACAAAUGCAAUCCCAUAUGCAAUAUAAAUAUUGUGCAUCUCUUGCAAAGCCCAUUUGUAUUGCUAGUAUUAGUUAUUCAGAAGCAAUUUUUUUUCUGUCCUUUCCUUUGAAUCCUGUAUUUUGAGUCAGUCACAGUGCUUUCUGUCAGUAUUUAGUAGUUCUACUGAAGUCUAGUGACGGAUGGAAGGCCCAUGUCUGUCUUCGUGCAGCAUUGCUGACAACUUUCACUGAGACUUGGCAUUGUAAAUAGUGCAAGAAAGGUAAAAAGGGUGAUGUGCACACAUCCAAUCUAGCCAACACAUCCUGAACUAUCCCAUAGUUUCGUACUGAAGCAAGUUUAACAGUAGUAUGUUCAAAUGUAUGAAUUUCAAGGUUACAAAUAAAAAGGAGGGCAUCCACUUUAUCUAGCUCAUUCAGUUGCUAGUACCUACAUUAUUUGAGGAUCUCAUCCAGCCAGUUCUUGAAAGAAGCUGGAAUAUCGGCUUUGACAACAUUUCUGUAUACCUGUUAAUGCCUUUGAGCCUCUUGCUUUCUGUUUUAAAUGACUUCCCCUUAGUUUCACCUCAUGUCCUCUGAUUUGUUUUAUUUGUUUUUUUUUUUUAUUCUAAAGAAGUCAGAUGGGUCGAUGGUGCUCUGCAUCAGAUUUUCUGUGUUCAAGAGUAAAUUUGUUCAUCUGGGGGUUUAUGUUGUCACUUUUUCUGAUGGCCAUUAUAGAUUCAUUGUGAAGGGCACAGCUAACUGAAGCCUGAUCCAGAAACACAGGGCACGGGGUGGGAAUACCCUAGGUGGGGGACACCUGUAUAUUUCAAUGCAAGCAAAACACAACCACACUGACAAAUUAGUGGUAUCAUUUAACCUAGCCAGCGCCUCUUUGUCUUUUGCAAGGUUGGCAAAACCCCAGGCAAACAUGUUGCAGUCUGCAAGUGAAAUGACAUCUGGCUGGUGUCAGCCCAAUCUUGAAUUUUAUUCUUCUUGACUUUCCUUUGCAGCGUUUACAGUUAUCUUAUGCUGGCAUCCUCUUCUAACUUCAAAAAUUCAUACUCUAUGCCAGAACCUAGAUCACUGGAAGUGCAGCGGUCAUAAUGAAUCCUGUGGUGCUCUACUGAUCUCUUGAAUCAACGGAUGUACAGUACACUAACUUGAAUGGCUCUUACAUGUAAAUUAUGGAGUAUGCAAUAAUGGUGACUUUUUCUGAAAAUUUAUUAAAUAAAUUUCAUACGCUGUGA